AUGCUGAGACACCCCGGGAGAACAAUCACAAUCUACGACGUUUCGGAACUGUUAGGGGAAGCUUUCCCAAGGGCUAUGGUGCCUACCAAUAUAAUUUGUGGCUUCAGGGCGGCUGGAAUAUGGCCCAUAAAUGCCGACAUUUUCACGGAGAGUGAGUUCAUGACCAGUUUAGUUACGGACCGCCCUCCCCCUUCUCAACUUGAAGAACCAGCACAGAGAAGUGUGGCAGCGUUGGACUGUGCUCCCCCUUCCCCGCUUGAGGAUCCCAUACAGAGCAGUGUGAUAGCGUCGGACUGCCCUCUCCCUUCUCCACUUGAGGAGCCCGUACAAAGCAGCAGUGUGAGUGAACGCGCUUCUCCAUCCUUACUUGGAGGAUCAGUGCCGAUGCACUUUUCACCACAGGAUAUCAUGCCCUACCCCAAGGCAGGUCCACGCUCGCAGUCGUCGCGCGGGAGAAAGCGAGGACGUACUCGCAUCCUAACCGAUACUCCGGAAAAAGCAGCCAUCGAAGAACAAUCAAAUAAAAAGUUGGCGAAGAUAGCGGAGAUAGAAAUGAAAAGGAAGAUUAAAGAAAAUAGGCCUACCAAGAAAACAGGGGGGAAGAAGAAUUAUGUCAUAGAGCUUUUGAGCCCAUCAGAAAAGAAG